GCUGUGCUCCUGCAGCUCCUGGGAGGAAUGGAUGUGAACUUAGUCACUGUUUUGGUUGUUCUAGCAGUCACAGUUAGUCAGACGUCUGAGACUUUGUUUCCUGGAGCCUUUAACUGUUGCACAAAGAUUUCAGAAGAAAUUCCCAAAGGAAUUCUCCGAAGAGUGGAGAGGUUUGAAAUCCAGAAAGCUGAUGGCCUGUGUCACCUAGAAGCUGUUAUUCUCUAUAUAGAAGACAAAAAGUUCUGUGUGAGUCCACGGAUUAAAAGAGUUAAAAAAUGGAUGAAGAAGAUGAAGCACAAGAUUCACAGAAGAAAACUUCAUGUUAGAAAGCAGAGAAGAACCAGAAUUACUAAAAAAAAAAAACGACAGAAACAGUAGCGUGCUGAAGCAAGCCCUGUAAUGAAGAUAACUGUGGCAUACAGCACUGUGAACAAAGAUACCGGAUUUCGUCAACGAUAGAUGACUGUAGCAUUGAAAUGACUUUCUAAAUGUCUAUGUGCUAGAGAAAGCAGAGGCAGAAAACAUCACUUGUACUCAGAACGAUGCUGAUCAGAUUACCAGACAAAUGACAAUAGCAAUGUCUUGUAGCAAGUGCUCUCUGUACCUCCUAGAUCUAUUGGCAGAAUUAAAUUCUCCUCUCUCCCACCCUGCUUUCAUGGAAACCUCCCCUAUGAUUUCUAUUGUAACAUGCUAGUAUGCUGUUACCUCUCAUUCCUCCAUUUUUCUAGUCCUAUCCCAAAAACAGUUUUUCUUCCCUAUCUGCAAUCAUCUUUGUGGCUGUUACCUGUUUUGUUUCAUAGAAUCAUAGAAUCAUAGAAUAGAUUGGGUUGGAAAAGACCU